AUGGAGGAGUCAAAGAUUGUCGACUCCAAAGCCGACGAAGAAGCUGCGAAGGAUGUUAUCGACCAAUCUACCAACGUCACCGCCGACCAAGACAGCACUGAAGACGUCGAGUCUACAGACAACAAAGACACGGACGUGGUAGCUGCAGGCUCGGCAGCCAAGAAAAAGAAGUCAAAGAAAAUCAAAUUGAAACAGGCGUUAGGCGUAGGCAAGAAAAAUGAUGAAGAUGAAGAGGCAUCGGGGAGCUCUUCGAAUCCUGCGAGUAAGCUUACGAGCGGAAUGGUGGAACAGCUGCUGGAGAUGAACCCGUCGUUGAAGGGGGAGGUGGCUGGCAUGGACAAGGAAAAGGCUGCUGAGACUUUGAAGAAGCUAGAUGUGGCGGAUCUACUUACUGGAAUGUCUGUGAGUGGGAAGAAUCAGAAGGAUAUGGCCUCCUACAAGUUCUGGCAAACACAGCCCGUCCCUCGCUUCGACGAGGCACAAAAAGUGGAAGAGGGUCAGAUCAAGGACAUUGACCCAGAAAAGGUUCCCAAAGAACCACCGCCGAUGUUGGAGGGGUUCGAGUGGGUUACUAUGAAUCUCCUGGAUGAGAAAGAGCUGGAAGAGGUCUACGACCUUCUGACUGGGCACUACGUGGAGGAUGAUGAGGCCAUGUUUCGGUUCAACUACUCUUCCUCCUUUCUCAAUUGGGCCCUCAAGUCCCCCGGCUGGCGGAAAGAAUGGCACGUCGGUGUCCGCGCAACCAAGUCACGAAGACUCGUCGCUUUCAUAUCUGGGGUGCCAGUAUCUCUUCGUGUUCGAUCGAACGUCUUCAAAAGCACUGAAGUCAACUUUUUGUGUAUACACAAAAAGCUGCGCUCGAAACGCCUCGCCCCUGUCCUCAUUCAAGAGAUCACCAGAAGAAGCUACGUCCUAGGCAUCUUCCAAGGUCUCUACACUGGUGGAAUUGUUCUUCCCAAGCCUGUCAGCUCAUGUCGUUACUUUCAUCGAAGCCUCGAUUGGCUGAAACUUUAUGAAGUCGGCUUCUCUCCCCUACCCUCAAACUCAACGAAAGCUCGACAGAUCACGCGAUAUCAUCUACCCAGCUCAACAUCUACACCAGGAUUGCGGCCAAUGGAAAAGAAAGACGUUGGUGCCGUACUAGAUCUCCUUGAGAGAUACUUGAAACGCUUCGAUAUGGCACCUAUCUUCGACCGCGAAGAAGUCGAGCAUUGGCUGCUUCACGAUGACAGCGCUGCUGAGCAAGUCAUAUGGAGCUACGUCGUCGAAGAACCCAGCACACACAAGAUCACUGAUUUCUUCUCCUUUUACUGCCUUGAGUCUUCCGUCAUCGGUAAUCAAAAGCAUGAUAAUGUCAGGGCAGCAUAUUUAUUCUACUAUGCUACGGAGACGGCGUUUGCAAAGGAAGAAAAGGGUUUGAAGGAGAGGAUGACAAUGUUGAUGACUGACGCCCUGAUACUUGCAAAGAACUUCAAUUUUGAUGUCUUCAACGCCCUUACCCUUCUGGACAACCCACUGUUCCUAGAAUCGCUCAAGUUUGGAGCAGGAGAUGGCCAACUGCACUACUACCUGUACAACUACCGGACUGCACCUAUAUCGGGUGGUGUUGACACCAAGAACAACGUCGAUGCUUCCAGGAGAGGUGGAAUUGGUGUGGUGAUGCUUUAA